UUUCGUCAACGGUUUUUUAUUUUAAAGUAUUUAUAAUUUGAAUUUGUUGAUCUGAUUUUGUGACGUCACAUAUUUUAUCCGUUUAAAUUAUCCAAUUCACUCUAAGAUUAGAGUGAUUAUUUUUUAGCUCAGACUCGACGACUCAAACAAACCAACUCAACUCAAUUUGAGUAUUAAAAAUUUAACGAACAAUUAACGAAACACGGAAACGGAACAAAAUUGGCAAAAAUGAACGACAAGCAGAAAAAAAACAGUCUGAAUUUGAACGUCGAGGGGAACGGCGCAGUUCCAGGGAAUACGCAACAAUCACCCGGUGGAGAAGUUGUUGAAUCAAAAGAAGAAGAAAACAAGGAAACAUAUAAAUCCAUUCCAGAAGAUAAUCUUGGACCAGAGAAUAAUAAAUCAGAUAAAGCACCACCUCCAAUAAUAGAAGUAAAGAUGGUUCAAGGAAACGAUGGUGCUGAUGAGCAAAUGCUCGGAAAGAAGGAGGAAGUUAAAUUCAUCAAAGGCGACCAUCAAAAUGGUGACGCUAAAAUCGACAUUGGAGCCGUUGGCAAGACUUUCACUGGCAUGAGCAAAGAUGAAUUAAUGAAAUACGCAAAUGAUCCUUUCUGGGUGCGUAUUCGUUGGAUUUUCUUCAUUCUGUUCUGGCUAACAUGGGUUGGCAUGUUGGUUUUGUCGAUCUUGAUAAUUGUCAAUGCACCAAAAUGCUCCGCCCCAACACCAUUGAAAUGGUAUCAACGAGGACCAUUCGCUUACUACAGGACCGUAGAUGAAGUUACACCAGCAGAUGUGGCAGUGGCUAAGAAGAUCUAUGCAACCGGAGUCAUUUACAAACUUCCCGCCGAAGAAACUUAUUCUGUAAAAGAUCCCCAAGUCGAGGAGAAAAUCAAGAAACUAGUUGAAACCUACAAGGGUUCUGAGAUGAAGGUGAUUUUGGACAUCACACCAAAUUACGUGAAAAACUCCUCGCAUUUGUUCAUAGACGCCGUGAAUGAUGAAACUAAACGAUCGGCAUUUGUUUGGGUGCAAAAUGCAGAGAAACCAAACAACUGGGUGUCGAUUGUGAAUGGAUCGGCAUGGGAUGAAAUAAAAGUUGGAAAUGUCGUCUUCCAAGUGUUGAGUCAAUUUGGCGAGGGACUUUAUGAUCUCCGUAUGAAUGACACUUUGGUUAAGAAGGAGCUCGAUUCAACUCUGAGGCACUUGGUGAGCUUAGGAGUUCAUGGAUUCCGCUUGACUAACUCGAAAUACUUCCUGAUAAAUCCCAUUAUGGAAGAUGAGGAGGCCUCUGGCAAGACUGAGUACGACCUUAAACAAUAUGGAUUCUGGACACAUUCGAAAACCACAUUCCAAGAGGGUCUCGGUGAAUUGCUCUACGAAUUCAUGGUUGCUGUUAAGAAUUCCAGCGAUGAAGCAUUCCUCUCGGUCAGUGAAGACACCAUUAAUCCUGAAGUCUAUCGAACAAAAACUGGAGAGUUUGGUAUUGAUUUGCCCAUCUACGGACGCUUCCCCAACGUCCUAGGCACACUUAAAGCUAAAGAUCUUUAUGCCGAUUUGGAUAAUGUGGUAAAGACUGUUGGAAAUUCAACUUGGUUGCAAUGGAACUACAACACUCCAGAAACAAUGGACCCAUCUGCAUAUUCUCUAUUCAUGAGCAUGCUUCCUGGAGUUCCAAUUAUUUCAGAUAAUUCUGCAGCAUUGAAUCUCUCAGCCAGUGUAUUGGAACAUAUCAACAAAAUACGUGAAUCUCCUUCGUACAUGCACGGAGACUUUGAUGUUUACCUUUCUGGUGAUGUUAUUGCUUAUGCACGAAUCAAGUCUGGAAAUCCUGGAUACUUUGUGGCCUUUAAUCCAAGUGAAGAAACAGCCACCGCUCACUUUACAAACGUUGGCUUACCAGACAAGAUGACAAUGGAUAUCUUUAGUGAUAAUUUCAAUGCCACUGGAGUUGAAUUAAAAGGAAAAAUAUUAACCGAUUCCAUGGUGCUGUCGCCUCGAUCAACAGCUAUAUACACAUAUGUUCCAGUUAAAUAAAUACAUCGUAAUAAGCUAUAAAGUUAAUCUAAGUAUUAAGUAAUCAAAAGUUAAAAUAUAAAAUGAAUUCCGUUGAAUUCAGUUUUCAGCUUGCAUUUUAAAUGUGCAUUUCAAAUGAUAUAUUAUAUUGUAAUGUUUAAAUUGAAAAAAUAUUAAAUGAAGUAUACAACAAAAAGAA